ACUUCCUCUACCCGGUUGGCAGGCGGCCUGGCCCAGCCCCUUCUCUAAGGAAGCGCAUUUCCUGCCUCCCUGGGCCGGGCUGGAUGAGCCGGGAGCUCCCUGCUGCCGGUCAGACCACAGCCUUCAUCCGCGCCCUGGGGCCAGGACUGCUGCCGUCACUGCCAUCCACUGGAGCCCAGCACCCCCUCCCCGCCCAUCCUUCAGACAGCAACCCCAGCCCAGCCCCACGUCCCUGUGUCCACUUCUCCUGACCCCUCGGCCGCCACCCCAGAAGGCUGGAGCAGGGACGCCGUCGCUCCGGCCGCCUGCUCCCCUCGGGUCCCCGCGCAAGCCCACGCCGGCCCCGGCGCCCACCCGCAGCCCUGCCCCUGGACACCGGAUAAGGCCCAGCGCACAGGCUCCCGCGUGGACGGCAUGGACCGCGGCGCGCUCCCUCUGGCUGUUGCCCUGCUGCUGGCCGGCUGCAGCCUCAGCCCCACAAGUCUUGCAGAAACAGUCCAUUGUGACCUUCAGCCAGUGGACCCCGAGAGGGGCAAGGUGACAUAUACCACUAGCCAGGUCUCGAAGGGCUGCGUGGCUCAGGCCCCCAAUGCCAUCCUUGAAGUCCAUGUCCUCUUCCUGGAGUUCCCAAGGGACCUGUCACAGCUGGAGCUGACUCUUCAGGCAUCCAAGCAAAAUGGCACCCAGCCCCGAGAGGUGCUUCUGGUCCUCAGUGUAAACAGCAAUGUCUUCCUGCAGCUCCAGGCCCUGGGAAUCCCACUGCACUUGGCCUACAAUCCCAACCUGGUCACCUUCCAAGAGCCCCCGGGAGUCAACACCACAGAGCUGCCAUCCUUCCCCAAGACCCAGAUCCUCGAGUGGGCAGCUGAGAGGGGCCCCAUCGCCUCUGCUGCCGAGCUGGAUGACCCCCAGAGCGUCCUCCUCCGACUGGGCCAAGAUGAAACGGAGGCCCGGGGACUUGCACAGGGUCACUUGGCAGCCCAGGGGUCACUGUCCUUCUGCAUGCUGGAAGCCAGCCAGGACAUGGGCCGCACGCUUGAGUGGCGGCCGCGUACCCCAGCCUUGGUCCGGGGCUGCCGCUUGGAAGGUGUGGCCGGCCACAAGGAGGCGCACAUCCUGAGGGUCCUGCCGGGCCACUCGGCCGGGCCCCGGACGGUGACGGUGAAGGUGGAACUGAGCUGCGCGUCUGGGGAUCCCGAUGCCGUCCUCAUCCUGCAGGGUCCCCCCUACGUGUCCUGGCUCAUCGACGCCAACCACAACAUGCAGAUCUGGACCACCGGAGAAUACUCCUUCAAGAUCUUUCCAGAGAAGAACAUUCGUGGCUUCAAGCUCCCAGACACACCCCAAGGCCUGCUGGGGGAGGCCCGGAUGCUCAAUGCCAGUGUUGUGGCAUCCUUCGUGGAGCUACCGCUGGCCAGCGUUGUCUCACUUCAUGCCCCUAGCUGCGGUGGUAGGCUGCAGACCUCACCCGCACCGAUCCAGACCACUCCUCCCAAGGACACUUGCAGCCCAGAGCUGCUCAUGUCCCUGAUCCAGACAAAGUGUGCCAAUGACGCCAUGACCCUGGUACUAAAGAAAGAGCUUGCUGCGCAUUUGAAGUGCACCAUCAUGGGCCUGACCCUCUGGGACCCCAGCUGUCAGGCCGAGGACAGGGGUGACCAGUUUGUCCUGCACAGCGCUUACUCCAGCUGUGGCAUGGAAGUGACGGCGAAUAUGAUCAGCAAUGAGGUGGUGGUCAAUAUCCUGUCGAGCUCAUCACCACAGCGGAAAAAGGUGCACUGCCUCAACAUGGACAGCCUCUCUUUCCAGCUGGGCCUCUACCUCAGCCCACACUUCCUCCAGACCUCCAACACCAUCGAGCCGGGGCAGCAGAGCUUUGUGCAGGUCAGAGUGUCCCCAUCCAUCCCCGAGUUCCUGCUCCAGCUAGACAGCUGCCACCUGGACUUGGGGCCUGAGGGAGGCACCAUGGAACUCAUCCAGGGCCGGGCGGCCAAGGGCAACUGUGUGAGCCUGCUGUCCCCAAGCCCCGAGGGUAACCCGCGCUUCAGCUUCCUCCUCCACUUCUACACAGUACCCAUACCCAAAACCGGCACCCUCAGCUGCACUCUAGCCCUGCGUCCCAAGACCGGGUCCCAAGACCAGGAAGUCCAUAGGACUGUCUUCACGCGCUUGAAUGUCAUCAGCCCUGACCUGUCUGGUUGCACAAGCAAAGGCCUCGUCCUGCCCGCCGUGCUGGGCAUCACCUUUGGUGCCUUCCUCAUCGGGGCCCUGCUCACCGCCGCACUCUGGUACAUCUACUCGCACACGCGUUCCCCCGGCAAGCGGGAGCCCGUGGUGGCAGUGGCUGCCCCGGCCUCCUCAGAGAGCAGCAGCACCAACCACAGCAUCGGGAGCACCCAGAGCACCCCCUGCUCCACCAGCAGCAUGGCGUAGCCCCGGCCCCCCGCACUUGCCCAGCAGGAGAGACUGAGCAGCUGCCAGCCGGGAGCACCGGUGUGAAUUCACCCUGGGAGCCAGUCCUCCACUCGACCCAGGAUGGAGCCUGCUGUCCGUGCCCACCCUUCCCACCUCCCUCUCAGAGGCCUGCUGCCAGUGGGGCCAAUGCCUUGGAACACCUUGGGGUCCCUCCACCCCACCCCACAGAACCUUCAACCCAGUGGGUCUGGGAUACAGCUGCCCAGGGCCAUGGAGAGAGACCAUUUGCCACACUUGUAAAAACCCAAGUCCCUGUCAUUUGAACCUGGAUCCAGCACUGGUGAACUGAGCUGGGCAGGAGGGGAGAACUUGAAACAGAUCCAGGCCAGCCCAGCCAGGCUGACAGCACCUCCCCACCAAGGAACAGAAGAGGGCCCAGCCCAGAGCCACCUGGAUCUAUCCCUUCGGCCUCCACACCUGGACUUGCCUAACUGGCGGGGAAGACAGGAGCCUAGCGGAGCCCAGCCUGGGAGCCCAGAGGGUGGCAAGAACAGUGGGCGUUGGGAGCCUAGCUCCUGCCACAUGGAGCCCCCUCUGCCGGUCGGGCAGCCAGCAGAGGGGGAGUAGCCAAGCUGCUUGUCCUGGGCCUGCCCCUGUGUAUUCACCACCAAUAAAUCAGACCAUGAAACCA